UCUUCCCCGCGCGGAGGUCUCCGCCCGCUUCGUUACACGUCGCUUCCCUUCAGUGACAACUACUUCUUCUCCGACUACACACCAGCUUCCUUACAUAAUUGCAUUCUUGCCUUCGUGAAUGCCGAACGAGGUUCGACGCGAUGGAAUUGCUGGGCAGAUUGCUGGAAAUUAUUGGGUUUGGAAUCGGGAUCCCGAUCGGACUUCUGCUCGGCUACUACCUCUUUAUACAUCCCGAGCCUCGUGAUGUGAAGGAAUGGCAUUUACUCAAUGUGCUUUAUAGAUUUGACAUUCUGGUUAAUUGUGUUUAUGUCUUGGAAGGAUGGAAAGGGACUGAUCAAUCAGAUGAUUCUUUCACCGUUCCUAACAUUAACCGAUCGGAUCCAAUCAUAAGGCCAAUUCAUGAACUGGAUACAAGCUCGCUGCUCGAUCUUUGGCCUGAAGUCCCUCUAUGGGCGAAGCACCCUGACUGCGAUCGAACUGAUUGGCUGAACAAAUUCUUAAGUGAUAUGUGGCCUUACCUUGACAAGGCUAUAUGUAACAUGAUAAGGAGCACUGCAGAGCCAAUGUUUGCUGAAUACAUCGGCAAAUAUCAAAUCAAGUCUGUGUAUUUCGACAGCUUGACUCUCGGAACUCUACCUCCUACUUUUCAUGGUAUUAAAGUGCACGAAAGUAACGAAAAUGAACUAGUGCUUGAGCCUGCAGUUAGAUGGGCCGGAAACCCCAACAUAACUUUGGUGUUGAAAGUCUUGUCCCUUCAAAUCAAGCUGCAGCUGGUGGAUGUACAAGUGUUUGCUGCUCCACGAAUAGUUUUCAAGCCCCUUGUGCCAACCUUCCCCUGUUUUUCAAGCAUAGCAGUUUCUUUGCUGGAGAAGCCACAGAUCGAUUUUGGGCUGAAUCUCAUGAAAGCAGAUGUAAUGGCGAUCCCCGGACUGUACCAUUACGUUCAGGAAACUAUACGAAAGCAGGUAGCUGGCUUUUACCUCUGGCCACAGACACUCGAGAUACCGAUUCUCGACAGCUCAGUCGGGGCUACUAAGAAACCAGUGGGAAUACUACAUGUGAAGGUUGUAAGGGCUAUCGAGCUCCUUAAGAUGGACUUCCUUGGAGCUUCGGAUCCUUAUGUUAAGCUCAGCCUCAGCGGCGAGAGAAUUCCCGCAAAGAGAACCUCCGUGAAGAUGAGGACUCUCAACCCAGUGUGGAAUGAAAACUUCAAGCUCACGGUGAAGGAUCUUCAAUCUCAGGUGCUUGAGCUGCGCGUCUACGACUGGGAAAAGAUUGGUCCCCACGACAAGUUGGGAAUGCAAGUGGUUCCACUGAGGCUGCUUUCUCCGCACGAGGCCAAGGAGUUCACUUUGGAUCUGUUCAAGAACCAAAACCCGAAUGAUCCCCAUAACAAAAGGCGGAGAGGGAAAGUUGUUGUGGAGCUCAGAUUCGAUCCUUUCAAAGAAGACCAUGAGAGAUUCAGUGGCCCCCUUGAAGUGCACGUUAGUAAUCAGAGCAGGGUUCCAAGCAUCUCUGAAGACGAGCAUUUCGCGGCAUCAGGCUUGCUUCUGAUUACAGUAAUAGGAGCUCAGGAUGUCGAGGGGAAGCGCCACAACAACCCUUGUGCUGUGGCUCUCUUCGGAGGAGAACGGAAGAGAACUAAGACGGUGAAGAAAACACAGGACCCGUGUUGGAACGAGGAAUUCCAGUUCGUGCUGGAUGAGGCGUCUCUCAAGGAAGUUAUCCGCAUAGAGGUCAUUAGUAAACGGAGAAAGUUCGGGUUCCAAUCUAAGGAAUCGCUCGGCUACGUAGACAUCCAACUCUUCGACGUGGUGCAUAACGAGCACAUCAACGACAAGUUCCAUCUCAUCAACUCGAGGAACGGGAUCGUACACGUUGAUAUGAGGUGGAGGGUGAUAUGAAUGUAUGUCGAUUUUUCUGACAAUAUUUUGUAAAUUGAAUUUGGGCUUUGUCUGUGAAAGAAAUUGUCUUUUUUUUUUUAAAAAAAAGAAAAAUAUGGAAUUGUCAUACGCUAGAAAUGAUGAGAAAUGUCCGUUCAUAAAAUUAAAAAUCGACGAAUUACAAU